AUGCUUAUCUACAUUUCCAUCACCACCUCCAGGCUACGCCAAGCCGGGCUACAUUGCGCCAGGCUACACAACCCAGGCUACACUGAGCUGUGCUAUGCUGAACAGGGCUACACCCAGCAGGGCUAUGCUGAGCCAGGCUACGUUGAGCCCAGAUGCGCCAACAUGUGCUAUGCCGGGCUAAAUGAGCCAGGCUAUGCUGAGCCUGGCUGCGCCAAGAUGGGCUAUGCCGGCCUACAUGAGUCUUAUCAGGGUUUAUCCAUGUUUUCAGACAGUCAUGGCGGCUGGAGGCUUCAGAAUGUCAGCGACGCCUCUCUGCUAACAGGAAAUGUAUCUGCAGCAAACACCACGCUAACGCCACCAGAGGAUGUGUUCGACCCGCUAGGAGGACACACGGUGUGGCAGGUGAUCAUCAUCGUCUUCCUCACUGGCUCACUCUCUCUGGUCACUGUGGUCGGAAACAUCCUGGUUCUGGUGUCCUUUAAGAUCAACAAAGCCCUAAAGACGGUGAAUAACUACUACCUGCUCAGCCUGGCGUUUGCAGACCUCACCAUCGGCACCCUGUCCAUGAACCUGUACACCACCUACAUCAUUAUGGACCAGUGGGCCCUGGGCCCCGUCGUCUGUGACCUCUGGCUCGCCAUUGACUACGUGGCCAGCAACGCCUCAGUCAUGAACCUGCUAGUCAUCAGCUUUGACAGGUACUUCUCUGUGACCCGUCCUUUGACCUACCGGGCCAAACGGACCACCAAACGGGCCAUGACAAUGAUCUGCUUGGCCUGGACCACCUCCUUCAUCCUGUGGGCCCCGGCCAUCUUGUUCUGGCAGUACAUCGUGGGCGAACGGACGGUCCAACCUAACGAGUGCUACAUCCAGUUCCUGUCCGAGCCCGUCAUCACCUUCUGCACUGCCAUCGCCGCCUUCUACCUGCCCGUCACUAUCAUGGCCACCCUCUUCUGGAAAAUCUUUCAGGAGACAGAGAAGAGGGCCAAAGAGGUCCAAGGACUGAAGGGAUCGGGGGCGGGGAACAAACCAGGCCAGGCUCAGAGUCAGGGGGGAGGAAGUGGUCGAGGAGGAGGAGACGGGGGAAGUCAAAAAGAUUCUUCAAGCAUGCAGCGACAGAUGAGCUCUCAGAGCAGCAGCAGCUACGACCUGAACCAGGCGAACUCCGAGAAGAACAACGGCACACCUGGAGAGGGUGGAGGAGGAGGAGGAGGAGGAGGGAGGUGUGCAGCUUUCUGCUUCAAAUGUUCAUCACUACUGCCUGGUCGACACGCCAAAAAGUCCAUGAACACAGGUGGCGAGGCGGAGCACAGUAGCUGUAACAGCCUGAACAACAAUGAAGAGGAGGAGGAGGAGGAGGAUAAGAAAUCUAAGAAGAACAAAGACAAAGAUUCGUCCAUCAAAGGUGCAAAGGCAAACUCAUCACCAGCAGACCAAUCAGCUGCUGUCACCACGAAGGACGCUGCCAUGGCCAAACGCUUUGCCUCAAAGGCAAAGACAGAGAUCAGCAAGCGUAAGAAUGACAAGAAAGCCAAUGAGAAGAAGGCCAAUGAUAAGAAGGCGGCGCGGACGCUGAGCGCCAUCCUGUUCGCCUUCAUCACCACGUGGUUACCGUACAACAUCAUGGUGCUGGUCAACACCUUCUGUCAGGACUGUAUCCCAGGGGCGCUGUGGGGCCUGGGCUACUGGCUGUGCUACGUCAACAGCACAGUGAACCCCAUGUGCUACGCUCUGUGCAACAAGACGUUCAGGACCACCUUCAGGGACAUCCUGAUGUGUCAGUGGAACCAGAAGAAAAACAAACCACAGUUCCAGCAGAGGAAGGCUGUCGGCUUCAAAAAGUAA